ACAGCUAUCUAGUAUAGCUAGAAGAAUAUAUAUACGUAGUAUAUAUAAUAUACAUAUAAUUAAUCAUGGGCAGAUCUCCAUGUUGUGAUAAAAACGAGCUGAAGAAAGGUCCUUGGACUCCCGAAGAAGACCUCAAACUCAUCCAUUAUGUUCAAGCUCACGGUCCCGGCAGCUGGCGUACCCUCCCUAAAAAUGCCGGGCUUCAAAGAUGCGGAAAGAGUUGUCGCCUGCGUUGGACCAAUUAUUUGAGACCGGAUAUAAAGAGAGGAGAAUUCUCUUUUGAAGAAGAAGAGACUAUUAUCCAACUCCAUAGUACCCUUGGAAACAAGUGGUCGGCCAUAGCGGCAAAGUUACCCGGGAGGACAGACAACGAGAUAAAGAACUACUGGAACACUCACGUCAAAAAGAGACUUCUCAAGAGCGGAAUCGAUCCGGUGACCCAUACCCCAUGCCGCCUCGAUCUUUUCGACCUCUCCAGCCUGCUCCACCAGCAGCUGGGUUUACAAGCCGCAGCUGCCUUAAUGAACCAACCGGAGGCGGUCAUGAUGACGAGGAGUCUUCUGAGCAGCACUCUCAUGACCGCCGCCACCGCCGCCGCACAGAACAACGAAUAUGCUCCUAAUAUUCACCAUGGGCAUCAUGGCAUUUUAAUGCUAUUGCAAAAGGUUCUUCUUCAAGAGAGCCUCUCAAACGACCGCCAGAUGUUGUUCCAGAGACUGUUGCAGGAAAACCAUGCCCUAAUAAUGAACGGCACCCAUCAUCAUGUCUCGACGUGUGCGGUGCCUGAUAACAUGCAGCCGCGGCACAUGAGUGCCGCGGCCGACACGGGAAGUUCGGUUCACACGGACGACUACGGCUAUAACUUUGGAGCGGAUGAGCCGCACGAGCCACAUUUAUUGAGAGGUAAACCGUGGAGCCCGGGGGCGUUUGGUUCGUCCGGUACGCCCUUGUCGAGUCCUGCGGCAGACUCCGCCGCGUUUGUGAACAACGGCGGGGGCAGCGCGGAGGAGGAGGAGGAGGAGAAAGAAAGGGAUUGUUGCGGCGAUUUGAGGAAACUGUUUGAAAUUCCGUCGGAUUUGGAUUUGGAGGAUUUGCUGUGAAUGAUGUUCUCUACCAGCUCCGGCGAACGUUACGUUACACAGAAAAAGUACAUAUGUUCAUUUCAUUUGUAGGGAGUAGUUGUACGCAGCCUUCUGUAAUUUGUUUGUUUAGAAUGGUGUUUUUGUUUUAUACGUAUCCUCGACCAUUGUUCUCAGUGGAAUAGUUGUUUGUAUGUCGGGGGACACUGUUACAUUCGUGUACUGUUCAAAUUCAUUGAAUAAGUUAUUCGGUAUUGUAUAUGUAAAAUUUGUUACCAAGUAAAACAUUGACCAUUUC